GCUCCUUGAACGCAAAAUCCUGUGGGAAAUGUAGGCAGUUACUGGCAGAAUCUACUACAUCAUGGAAGACGCCAGAAGAGGCUCACAUGGUUGUGAAAACACCUCGGACUCAAAAGAAGACAGGUGCUCAGAUAAUGAUUUUGGAACUUCAAAACUCGGAACAAAAAAAUACUGGGAGGAAACAUACCAGAGGGAACUUGAGACAUUCAAAGACAUAGGAGAUGUUGGUGAGAUAUGGUUUGGUGAGGAAAGCAUGAGCCGUGUGCUGCGAUGGAUGGACAAGGCUAAGAUCCCUGAAAAUGCUUCCAUUCUAGACAUUGGCACUGGAAAUGGAGCCUUUUUAGUUGAACUGGCUAAACACGGAUACAAGAAUCUAACAGGAAUAGAUUAUUCUCCUGCAUCUGUUGAAUUGGCAAGAAAUGUGCUGCAGGCAGAGGGCUUGACUGAUAUCACUGUAAAGGAGAUGGAUUUCUUAAGCUGUCAAGAGGAGCUAAAGGAGUAUGAUGUCUGCAUCGAUAAAGGAACGUUUGACGCUAUUAGCUUAAACCCAGAUAACACCAAUGAGGGCAAAAAACUGUAUGUUCAGGCUCUUAAAGGUGCUCUUAAAAAGAAAGGGUUCUUUGCUGUUACUUCUUGUAACUGGACAAAGGAGCAGCUGCUCGAGCGAUUUAGUGAAGGAUUUGAGUUUGUACAGGAGUUGCCUACACCCAUGUUUCAGUUUGGUGGCAAGACGGGGAACAGCGUGACAGCGCUCAUCUUCAGGAGAGUUUAUUGACGGAUGUGUCAGCACCAGUGGAAAUUUCUUUAUUUGUUUACUUUUGGAUCUAUCAGUUCUGCAGCUCCUUUGUUUGACAAAUGAUAUGAUCCAAGAAUUGUUAUAAAAAAAUCCUGUUAUAUUGUUAUAAAUCCUAUUAUUUUUAAUAGUGUAUUGAAACCCAUACAUGCAAUAUGAGUGGGAUAUUUUUCUUAUUAAAAAACAGUUUUUGUUGCUUUCAA